UACCGCCAACAUCCAUGCCUAUGGAAUGUCAAAAGUGACAUGUACAAGGACAGAGCUAAACGUGUAGCGGCUUUGACAGCAAUGGCCGCGGAAUUACGCAAGACAUGUGCUGCCAUUACCACAGGGGAUAUAAAACGGAAAAUAGAAACCCUGCGAAAUCAACACAGACGUGAAAUGCGAUUGGUUGAAAACUCACGCAAGUCAGGAGCUGGGAUAGACGACAUUUACAUCCCCAGAUUAUGGUGUUUUAAUGACCUUUCUUUCCUUAAUGAUGGUGACACAAUCAGACCAUCUCUCUCAAACAUAGAUAAUGCCACCAACGAUACAGGUGAGGAGGAACAUUCUGAUCAUGAGAUUUUCAACUAUCCAGUACUGAUGGGAGUUGGUGAAACAUCUCUUGCAGCAACAACACCUGUAAUGACACCGCCUGCAGUGUCUACUGCAUGUCCUACGGACAAUACGGACAAUGCAGCCAGAAGUAACACCUCUACUACAGUGAAUACUGCCAAUCGAUCAGGCAAAAGGAUGCGUGACGAUGCAGACGAUAUUAUGCGGGAAGCCCUCCACCAGCUGCGGGAAUUGUCGUCUACACAGGACACUGCUGAUGAUUGUACUGCUUUUUCAACCGUAGUUGCAAACGAUCUUCGACAAUUGAAAGGGGAAACCAAAAUUUAUGCAGAAAAACUAAUUUAUGAUGUUCUUUUUCUUGCUAAACUUUGUCGUCUUUCGUCGACAUCAAUGGUUAAAGAGUAGUUUUUCACAUUUAUAUUACUGUUUAUUGUUGAUAUAAAUUACCAUUACUUGUUUUUUUGGGAAGGGUUCGUCAGGAUACACAAUUUGGCAUUAUUCAUAAUUAGCAUAGAAAAUAUAAGAUUACUUGGUGUGAAA